UUCACUCUUCACUCAAAUGUUUGGUUUGUUUUCAUUUAGGAUUUGCUUUCAUUUGUCCCAAAUUGAGACCCAAUUGUCACCAAAUCCAGUACCACAUCAAUGUCGGAAAUCGACGACACCUUAAAGCGGAUCCAUUCCUCACACAAAGGGGUGAUUGGAGUGAUUGUCGUGGACUCGGAUGGCGUUGUCAUAAAGUCGACACUCAAUGAGAGCACUGAUAUCCAGCAGUCAUACGGUGUGACUAUCAGUCAAAUGGUAGAGAAGGCCAAACAGGCCCUCAAAGACAACGAUGAACUCACUUUCCUCAAGAUUAAGACCAAACGACAUGAGUUUGUGGUCGUCCCCGAUAAGGACUAUGUAUUGAUAACUCUAAUCAAUCCGAAUGAGUCCAGCGCUUGAGUUAUGGUUUUACACUUAAAUUAUUUCAAAUUGUCACACAUUUUGUGGUCAAUUAUUAAUUGUAUAAUUUUAUUGCUAAUUAUUUUUUAAUACUUUUAACAAAUAAAAAUGUAUUAUUGAUUAAGUA